GUUUCAGGCGCUGCUGCCUGUGCCAGUUGUCAGAGAAAUAAGCUCCAGGAUGCCGCCGUUCAGGCAAUGGGGAGACUUCUUUCCCGGCUGGAAAACACCGACUGAUGGCACCGAUUUUCACGACAGACUAAUCAGCAACCUACUUUAUUACCAGACUAAUUAUCUGGUACUCAGUACUGCUGUUUACAUCAUUGCAGGGUUCAAGGACCCGGUGGGAGUGGGCACCGGCACCGCCGUCAUGUUGGCCAUUUUUCUGCUCUCAGCUUGUGUCGGAGAACUGCCACUUAUUGUCGGCUUGAAGAGAAGGAGUCCCUUAACGUUUCUAAUCAUCGACAUUAUAGUCGUUCACUUCGUGGCUAAAGCCUUUGUAGGUAUCAGGACGUUUUUGUCAGCUACCGCUAUAAGCCUGGCCGUGACUGUUUCACAUGCUUCCCUUUGCAACCGCAACGUGAACGAGGUGGCGUGCAUUAAAGAAGCCCAGAAGCUGAAGGGGUCACCAAUGGGCUUUUUAAUAAAGGCUCGCGGGAAAGAAAGGGAAAUGAACAACUAAAGGAGACAGAAUGAUUGAAAAACGCACUUUUUUUUCCCCAGACGAAACAAAAAUGCUUCCCCUGUGCUCAUUAACCUUUUUAAAGUUCCUCUUUUGAUAUUAAGGGGCCGACUGUAACUGACAAACUGCAUCUUUGCUGUUUUCCGCCGCUCUGAGGAGCGUCUCUCUGUCCUGCACUAAAUCUGUUGUGUGCACCACAGCUACAGGCUUCAUGGUUAAGAAAUCUACAUACUGUUGAGAGUAAUUUAAUGAAUAAAAGAAAUACAAGGAAAGCUAACCAGUCUUGACAUUACAACAGGCUUUCUCAAUUCUUUUGAGACACUUUAAGAAAAUACUAACUUAAUUAUUCAUGAAAUAAAGGCUCGAUAUCCUGUCUUGCACAUAUUUUUUAAAUUCUAACAAUAGCAACAGAAUCAACAGAGCAACACUAAAAUGCCUCACUUUAUGCGGAUGAUAUUUUGGUUUACCUCUUUGAUCCCUCUGCCUUUUUCAAAGACUUUCUUUUUUAAAUUUUAAGAUUUGUUGGCAAAUUGGCGGAAUUCAAUUCACACGUUCUAAAAAUAUAAAGUUUUGAUACUGACUUAUUUUCUUCUUCACUAGCAGAAAUAAUGACACGUGAUCUUGAAAUGUUUAACGAAAGAAUUUCGUUUAACAUUUUCGUUAAACAUUUUCUAAAAUCUUUUCU